AUGAUUAAACAUAAUAUCAAAGGAUUGUAUUGUUUUAUUGAUGAAAUACGAAAUUGUAAAAGUAAAGAAGAUGAAGAAAAAAAAGUACUUGAAGAAAUAAUAAAAAUAAAAAAACAAUUUAAUGAAAAAAAUUUAACAAAUUAUAAAAGGAAAAAAUACAUAUGGAAAUUGAUAUAUUGUCAUAUAUUAGGGUAUGGUAUAUCAUUACCAUAUUUAAAUAUAAUAAAAUUAAUUUGUAGUCCAGAUUUUAGUGAUAAAUAUUGUGGAUAUACAGCAUUGUCUUUAUUAGUUCAUGAUAAUAAUGAAAUUUUAAAUAUGAUGGUAAGUACUAUUAAAUUAGAUAUAAAAAAUUAUGAUGAAAAAAUUAACUUUUUAGCUUUACAUUUUACAAGCCAUAAAAUAAAUGAAUUAUUAGUAGAAAAUUUAUAUGAUGAUAUAUUACACAUUGUUACAUCAAAUUAUAUAUAUAAACCUAAUAUUAGAAAAAAAGCUUUUUUAUGUUUAGCCAAUAUAUAUAAAAAAAGGCAUGACUUAUUAUUUAAAAAUAAAAAUGAUUUGGAAAUUUUUAAAUUUCUUGAUCAAAAUAUAUCCGAAAUAAAUAUGUUCAAUGCUUAUUCGUAUUUAAAUUUAAUAUAUAUUAUAAUAUUGAUUUUUCAAAAAUAUGAAGCCUUAUUUUUAUAUACAAAAAAAAAAGAUGAAAAAAAAAAAAAAAAAAAUACAACUCAUAAUCAAAAUCAUAUUAUUAAUACAAUAGGAAUAAAAAGAGAAAUAUAUAAAGAUGGAAGUAGUUGUAGUAGUCUAUUAAAUGUCAACGAAAAAAAUAAUUUAAAUGAUAAUAGUGAUGAUAAUAGUGAUGAUAAUAGUGAUGAUAAUAGUGAUGAAAAUAGUGAUGAAAAUAGUGAUAAAGAAAUAAAUAAAAGCUCAGACAAUAACAGUAUAGACAGUGACUAUGUGAAUCGAAAUAAUUCUCAAAUUAAUUCCUCUUGUUAUAAACGAUUUUCAAUAAAUAUAAAAAAUGAAUUAAAAAAAAAAAAAGGAACAUUAAAUUUGAUAAUCGAAGAAAAUAUUACAUAUACAGAUUUAAAACGAGCCGAAAAAUUUGGAGAAAUUGAAUCUGAUUGCACAAUGAAUAUUAAAGAAAUAAAUUUUUUUGAAAUAAACAAAUAUGUAAAUAAAUAUAUUAAUUAUAUAAUAAAUAUAAUAUACUUAAUAUUAGAUGAAAAUUUAAAAAUUGAUGAAGGUUUUUAUUAUUGCCAAUUUCGAUAUCCAUUUUUAUUAAUUAAAUGUUUGCAAAUGAUUCGAUUAUAUGAUAUGCAUAAUUUAUCACAAAUUAUCAUAAAUAAUAUAAAUGAUAUUCUAUAUAAAAUAUUAAGUAAAACACAUAAAAAAUUUAAAAAUUAUCCAUCUUUUUGGAAUAUUUCAAAUAUAGAUCAUAUAGAAAAUCAUCAAAAUUAUAUUAGCAUUUUACCAAACAAAAAUCAAUUUUCAAAUAAUAUAAUAAAUAAAAAAAAAGGAAAAAAUAAAUUACAUAAAAUAGAUAAAAGUAUUGUAUAUAUCGAUUAUGCAAUAAUAUAUGAAUGUUGCUCUAUAUAUAAUUUUUUAGAUGAAAAAAUAGAUGAAAAAAAUAAAGACAUUUUAAUAACUUUAAUUAUAUCUUCGCUUAAUACUAAAAAAUCAAAUAUAAAUUAUAUAAUACUUGAUUGUUUGUCCCAAUUUAAAAUAACUCCACAAAUUUAUAAUAAGUUAGAGAGACAUAUUUCACAUUUAAUAAGAUUAUUACAUAGUGAUGAUAUAACAAUAAAAUUACAAACAUUUAAUAUUUUAUUCAAUAUUUGUAACACUUCAAAUUGGAAAUAUUUAAUAAAUAUAUUUUUACAGCAUUUACCGUAUGUUGAUCCAUAUAUACAAAAUGAAAUAAUUAUAAAAAUAUGCAUUUUGGCAGAACAGUUUUCAUCAAAUAUGGCUUGGUAUAUUGAUAUUAUAUUUAAAAUUAUUGAAAUUACACACAAAUAUAUUUUUAAAGAUGUGUGUUAUAGAUUAGUUCAAAUAUUAACAGGAUUUACACAAAAUAAAAAAACAAUAAAUACUUCUUUAUUAUCUAAAAAUACCAAAUCAGAUAGUAGUACAAUCAAUAGUAGCAAUGAUAAUUUAAAAAAAAAUACGAAUAAUAAUGGAAAUACAAGUCGAAACACUGAUAUAAUUAAUAAUAAUAAUGAUGAAGAAAAAAAAAUUCAAAUGUAUGCUGCUAUGAAAUGUUAUAAAUAUUUAUCUAAAAAUAUAUGUAAAAUAGAAUUACUUAUAGAGUUAUGUUCUUAUAUCAUUGGAUCGUUUGGAUAUUUAAUAAAAAAUAAAAUACCCAUGAAAAAUCAAUUCAAGAUUUUAGAAAAAUAUUUUAAGUAUACUAAAACAAAUACGAAAUCAGUUAUUUUACUUGCCUUUAUGAAAAUGUUAUUUUAUGAUCAUAAAUUAAUUUCUAAUGUUAAAAAAAUUUUAUCUGAUAUCAUUGACCAUCCAAAUUUAGAAUUACAAACAAGAGCAUGUGAAUUUAUGAAUUUAUGUAACAUUAAUAAUUUUAAUUUAAUCAAUUCUGUUCUUAAAACUAUGCCUUUAUACAAUAUCAGGAAAAUGCACAAAAAUUUUCUCAUUAAACGCCUUCUUGAAAAUAACAAACACACCAACAUAUACUUACUUGAAAAUGAUACCCAAUUAAUAAGUGAAAAAAUUAAUGAUAAAAAUAAAUCCAACAAAUAUAACAAGUUUGAUGAAGAAGAAUAUAAAGUAAGCAAAUAUUCUAGAGAUAAAAUUGAUUCUAAUUUAUUAGAUGAAGGUUAUAGUAAAAGAAAAUCUCAAAAUAUAUCUUCUUCUGCUUCUUCUGCUUCUGCUUCUGCUUCUGCCUCUGCCUCUGCCUCUUCUUCUGGAGGUUCAAAAAAAUUAUAUAAUGACUUAAGUAGCAAAUCAAAAACAAGUGAUAAAGAUUCAGAAAAUAAUGGAAAUUUAUUUAAAAUGUUAGGAUUACAAAAAGCAAAUAAUAUAAACGAACUGUGGUUAAAUGGUUGUUUAUUAAACAAAUCUUUAUUCUACAAAAAUUCAGUUAUUUCAAUUUUACUCAAACAAAAAUACCAGGAAAAUAAAGCUAUUCUUAAUUUUUAUAUCAAGAACAUUUCUAAGGGUCCGAUCAAGAUUGUUAGCAUAAAUAUUGAAGAACCUGAACAAAUAAAAAUCAAAGAACAAAAAAAUAUAAAUAAUGAAAUAAUUAAUGCAGAUGAAGUAUGUGAAUAUAAAUUAAAUGUUACAAUUUCUGAUAUUUUUUAUGUUAUUCCUAUUAUAUUUUUCAAUGUAACGAUUCCAACAUCCCCGAACAUAAUGUUUUCUUCAAAAUUGCCAAUUCUAAUUACUCGAUUUAUCAAAGAAAGCAAAAUUAAUGAAGCAUCUUUUAAAAUAUAUUGGAAAGGAUUUACACAAAUUCAUAGUGAAGAUAUCGUAAUGGGCUUUCCAAAACAUUCGAAGAAAAUUCUCGUCAACUAUUUGACUAGUGCUUUUAACUUGUACGUUUUAAAGAUCGGAACACAUAUAUGCGCAUCAGGAUUCAUACAUUUUCCAGGAACAAACAUAGAUAACAAAAUUUUGAUUUUAGUUAAAAUUCGAUACGAAUCAAGAGGAUGCCAAAUAUCAGUUAUAUCAAGUAUAAAACCCUUAAAUAAUUAUUUGAAUAAAAUAUUUGAAGUUUAUCUUAUAAAAAACAAAUAA